CAGGCUGGCUGGGUAACUUCGUUCAGUCCGGCUGAAGCGAGCGAGCAGUAUUGUUAUUGGAAGAAGAUUAGCAGCAUGGUAGCGGAUUAAUAUGUAAUAACAUUAUGAACUGUUCGUAUUUAUAUUUAAUUUGCUUUGACAACGCAUGGUAUAUUGGUUGAAAUGAGUAAGGUUCAUAAAGUUUCCACAGUGAAUAGUAUAAGUCGUGUGUUUAAAUCGAAAUAACAUUUCUGAGUGUCAAUAAAACAAGGAAGUUAGACCGAAGUAAGCAAUUCCUUUGUGCUGAAGUGGAUUCCAUAAUAUUCAGCUUCAAGUGGGUUCCAUCAGAAGUCCUGCUGCCGCACCAAGGAGCAUGUGAUACGGCUGGCUGCUCGCAUUCUCCAUGAAGUCGAUCUCGGUGGCAAGUUCUGGCCCCAUUCUACAAGUCCGAGGACCGGAAGCCGCCGGUACAGUUCAUUCUCAGGGAUUCAUGUUGUCUUGAUGUGUGAGAACGUGCCGCCAUGCUGCUGAGGCUGGCAGUCUUUCUGCUCGCCACCACUCUGUUACUGGCGCCACCGCGGCAAGCCGUUAAACAGGAUGAAGUGUGCCGUUUCCCUGGCAAAUGGGAGGGCAGCUGGUUCCAGUCUGGAGUUCGGCAACCGAUAAUAAUCGAGCAGAGUCGCCUGAGCACCAAGGGGCGAUGCAUCGCAUCGGAGGGCGACAAGUUCGUCGUGGUGGAUGACAGGGGCGGCUGUUUCCGGUGCGUGGUGAUCCACGAGAAACACACUAACGUAUUGCAGUACAAGGAAACUUUCUGUCACGCGCGGGAGAGCCUGCAGAGCCUGUGCUCGCUUAUCACGGGCGAUGCGUUGCUGUACUCCAUGUUCCGCGUGGAGGCGACCCCUGUGGAGUGUCCCUUCAAGGGCCCGCUGUCCUUCACAUACAACCGAGGGCACGGUGAGUGUCGUUCACCCGUCUCCAGCAUCGACUCAUGCACUGAGGAGUCUCGGCUGCUACUCCGCUACCAGGCGUGUCCCGACGUACAUGGCACAGAGAGUACUGUGGAAGAACUGCAGUGCCUUGCCACAUGGAAGGAAGGUUCAUCACGCUAUCUGGUGGGUAAAAUCCACCAUAACCAUGCCACUUCAAAUGAGGACCGCUACAGAUGCUUUGUGUAUGAGAAGUCAACUCUACCUGGAGUUUCUGGGACUGGAGAACUGAAUGGGGAGGGCUUGUAUCACCCUCUGGAGAUGAGGAAUGAUGGUGUCGACUACCGAGUGGCCCAGUCAGGGGAUGCCACAUGCAAUGGGCUCUUCAGCCCCAUGGAGGGGUCACGGACUAUGACUCUCCGGAAGGCUGCAUCCCCCAGCAAGUGUAAGUUCCCAUUGUGGCUGACAGCAUUCCAACAUUGGCAUACGUUGGACUAUCGACGCUCCUACUCGUUCCACAAGCACAACACUACACUCAGGAUUACCAACACAACAGCACAGCCAGGGGCCAACCAGCAUGCAAGUAGUGGCGGCACUGUUCAGGGAUACCAUAACAGUCAUGGGGUAGUCAUGUCUCUGGGUCUGACAGGUGAUGUCAGUAGCAACCACCAGCAUCAGGAGAUGCGAGUUGUGUGCACUGAAGUGAAGCAUGCCUCCCACGAUAUAGUGCACCUUGUCACACACUUCACCAUGGGUUGCCAGAGUGGUUAUGUCUGUAUGAUGUUCUAUCGGAGGGAUGGCCACGUUAUAGAAGUGCAGACAGGUUCCCACACAAGGAGGCCAGAGGAUGCAUGUCAGUCCAUGCACUUUGACAGGAACACUUUGCCAUUUAUUACAUUAGUCACCUCACGACCAGAGCCCAGACAGUGCCCCUAUUUGGGCAAAUUCAGUGUCACCGGACUCAGCCGAGAUGAUGGAUUUGUGAGGUCUGCAAGACAAAAGAGGUCAGAGAAGUCACAAUUACAUCAAACACAAGGUGUCCUCAGCGCAAAAUCACAGAGCAAUGUAAGAGGUGGAUCAUACCCAUACAAAGAAUUUGAUUUUAGAAGACGAGUCAAGACUGUUUAUCGGAGCCCUGAAAUGCUGACCCGCAGUGUGAGAUCCAUAGAAUGGUACAUGCGGGCUAGUGGCUUUCGGAGGUCUUCACGUGACCUGGAUGGCCUUGUGCCUGAUCCCUGUGCUGAGGAGGAUGACUUCACAACUCUGGUGGUGGGCUGCAGUACUAUGGACACAAUGGAGUUCCAUUCUGAGUGUACAUCAGCUGAUGUAGUUUCAGUUUAUUCCUGUCAUGGGCGCUGGGAGGAUAAUGGAACCCACUAUCUUAUCACAACUCCACUAAGUCGAUCAUCUAGGGGGCCUCGCCGAUACUGCUUCAUGUAUCGAGAGGCACAGGAUGGGGUGGUUCACUUCUCAAGCAGUUCAGACAGUUGUAGGCGCAACAUCAGCCCCGGCAUCAGUGGUGUAAUGGCAUUCAAUGUGACGAGCACUGGACAGUGUAUUGAGACAAAUGGAGCCCCACAGCUGACCACAAUGUACCUACCAGCCACAAUCGCUAUUCUGGCAGUUGUGUUGGAGACUUUACUGAAGCUGCUGAGUCAUGUUGAGAGAUGAUCACAGUUCUCUUGACUAGCGCUCAAAGUUGCCUCAACUUGGGAUGACCCACAUGUACAUAUGUAAGCAUGCCAGAGUUGUGAGACCCCAUGCACAAGCAAUCAAUAAGUCUGUAAAUAUUAUGAGUACAAACAUGAAGUUACUGCAGGGAGAAGUCCACAAGAGUAUGACAUGAAUGUUGUCAAGAAUGAAGCUCUAUUGUGAUUGAUUCAGUGGAAUGGUCCCAAAUAUUAAUGAAUAACAGAGAAAUGGAAUUUUUACUUGUAAUGAAAUUGUAUCAGAUAUUUUGACAAUCUGCCUUCUUGUCAGGGUGUUCAGGUGAGACCCAGUGUAUGCAGUUAUAAUGAGAACUGGAUGGGGCUCAACUGUGAUUUCAUGCAAAACAUUUAAACACUCCAGAUCCCUCGGUUUUUACUUCAGCACAUGCAUUAAUUUCUUUUCACAGAAACCAUACCGGAAUAUCUGAAUGACUGCCAAUUAGCUUGAUUUGUUUUGUACAGUCUGGUAAUGUUUAAAUGUUCUAUAUUGACUACAGCAUUGUUUAAACAGCCCAUCCGUAAUAUGGGACAUUCCUUUAGAAGUCCUUCAGUUACAUGAUGAAUCAGCAAAGGCAUGUGUAUAUACGUUUGUAAUAUUUAUACUGUGUGUCCGCUUUCACUUACAGUAAAACCUUGUUGCUACAAACCUGAGCGAAACCUAACAAAGAUCCCUGAUAACUAUGUGCAAACCUUGCAGCUUCUUAUUUAGAUGCUGUAUAUCUAUUCGCAGUUUUCAGUGCUUAAAUUUGUAAGAGUUAGUUAGAAAUGUUUAAAUUAAUCAAUUUAACUUUCUUGACAUUAAUAUGUUAGAAUAUACUUCAUACAUUGAUGUUAGAAGGUUUGAAAAUAAUCUGUCACUGCUCUUGCUUUUGACAGAUGUCAUUAAAGUGACUGACAUGAACAAAGGUAGGUGGUGUGCAGAGAGAGAGAAAUUGCAAUGUUUUGCUCAGUAAUAAUUUUUUGCAUGCUUUCAAUGCUGUGCACAUCAGCCGUACAUUCUUGCACUUUUGCAACAUCAUGGACCAGCAUAUCAGUGUCUGUUUCACAUUGAAGUAAAUGAAUACUUUAUAUGGGCAAAAAAAUUCUAGGUGACUAGGAUGCAAGAAGUGGCCAAAAGUGUAUAAACCACUCACUAUGAAAUGGAAUGAAUACUUUAUACAUCAGCUCUCUAGCUUGUCUGUGUGGAAAUUGCUACCUGUGACAUUCACCUUCCACAUUUUAAUACACCAGCUGUAGAUUAAUGCUAAUUAGGCCGAGGCUUGACUUCGGGCUGUCGCGCAAUAGAAGAAGAUUAAUGCUGAAUAUCAAAUUUACUUUAUGUAAACAUGACAUUCACACAAUAUACCAUAAACACAAUAUUCACUUGUAACAUGAACAACACUACUACAUGAGUGAGCGUAUAGCAGGUGACUGGUUCACAAAAGCAUUUGAUGGUAGUUUUGCAAAAGUAUCCAAAACUCAGCUGUCAUUGUUCAUGUCACACAUUUUAACAGUUAUGUUACUCGGGGCUGUAGCAUACACAACACAUCAGUCCAUGUGACAUUUGAAUGAACAAAAGUACAGGUAUUUCUUAAGAGUUUUUAUUUGUCCCAUCUUUUGUCACUCAUUCCAACAUUUUCUUAAUUUUUCUUCAUAGUUGUUAAGCAACUAUAGUCUUACAUUUUAGAAACCCACUGACCAACAUUUUUCUUCUUAAGACCGAAGGCUUUGAUAAUCUUCUUACUGGUCAAUUAUGCUUAUCUCAUAUACGUUAUAUUUUGCUUAUUUUAUGGAUGAUAUAAUUUAAAUGCAGGCUUCUUGCAUACUUAACCUCUUUCUGAGGAGAAGAGAGUUGUUCAUCAGAGAAAAGUAAAUGUCUCCAAAAGUUUGUCUCAGUACCAUGCAAUAACUUAUAAUGCAGUUAAAAAUAAUGCUAAUUUCAGAAUAAUAACAAAAGAGUGUCUUGUGGACAUAUUUUGCACAAAGCAAAAUUAGAAUAGGUGAUCAUGUGGUGAAGGUUUUAUAUAAAGCAAUAUCGUAACAAUGAGGUUUUACUGUACUUCGGUGCACCUGUGUAGCUGACAAGCAAGGUAAGUGCUGUGAAUACUGUCAUAAUUUUACCUUGGUAUGGAUGAGUGAUUUCUUGUUAGAAACCACGAACUAACUUGGAAGAAGUGUGUCACGUCAGCACUUGCAUAGGAUUAAUGGAAGCAGGUUGGCCGACAGUGGGGGCUGCAUUCACAAGUCCUUGCUGAAGUUGAAGGAAAAGAAAAGGCUUAUAAAGGAAUCCAUUGUGCUCUGCUGGUCUUCAGCCACAGAAUUUCAGCAUCUUAUCCAAUACCACCAGGUUCCAAGUUUCUGAAACUCUUCAGUCCUCACCAUUCUAAACCUUUGAGGUGUGGAAAUUUUCUUAAAUACUGUAAUUGACAGUAAAAAGAAAACUAAAUUGUGGUAUUCUUAAAAGUGGAUCUUUUACAUUACAAAAAUGUCAGCUACCUUCUUUACUGAAGUAAGACAAUUUUGAAAGUAACGUAUAAUUUUAUCUUUCAUUAUCACCCUGAAUUUUAUAUUUAGAACCUCUCAUUGUGAUUUUGGUGUGGGGAAACUUGCUGUUAGCAAUUUGGUUCCAGUGUCAGAAAUAUUGCCAGUUCAGAAUUACUGUAAAUCCUCUAAUUAUAAAUCCAAGAUGAAAACAGUUCACAAAAUAUAUGAGAACCAUGCUACAUACCAAACGUCACAUUUAUAUUGUUAGCACUACUGCUUUUUAUUUUGGAAGUUCUGGAAUCAGAGCUCUGCCCUAGAUAUAUUUAGGUGUACUGCAAUUUCACCAGUCCCACAAGGGGAAUGUUGGGACUGUACCUUAGAGUAUGAAAAAUCUACCAUUCAUUGCUAUUUAACCUAUGCAGUUGGAGAAGCAUUGUUAACUACCAUAAUAAUUUUUUUGUUAUAAGAAUGAAUAAGUUUGAAGCUGCAAGGAAACAUGCCUGGUUUACAACUUUUAAGAAACAGCUGACGUGUCAUACUUCUGUCUUAGGCUCAUGUUUUAAUCAGUGUUUUUGUUGAAAAUAUUUAGUGAGGAUGAUUUUGUAAGUUAGUGCAGAUCACUUAAAUGGAGUGGUAUAUGGGUGUUUUUCAGAGUAGAUGAUCAGAAGACAAGUAAAUGAAAGAAUGCUACAGCUCAGGUGUGAGUUGAACAGUUGAGUGUGACCUCCCUCAUCCUGGACAAUUGUUGUAACAAGUCUGGGUAGCUACAACCCAGUUACAUCCCAACCAAGGUGAAUGGUUAUGUUGCAUAUACAGAACAUGUUGCUGUGUGACCUUGCUGUUUUGUUUAUUAGCCAGAGACUUGAGUGCUGUCAUGGGCUAGAUAAUCACUGGCCAUUGUUACAGUAUACCUUAAUUUUCAGCAAUGAUGUACAGAGUGAUCAAAAAGUCAUCCUGAUGCUAAUAUGAUUUUACAUGUAUAAAAAAUUAUAGUUAUGAUUGUCUUUUUCCAGUUUUUGCACAAUGUAUAUAUGAUAAGAAUGAAACUUGAUUGCCUUAUAUACCUUCCAUAUGACUUUUCACAGAGCAUACUCUUUCAGAUAUAUUCAUAGAAAUCAUGACAAACUUUCAUGGAUGUUUCUAACAAAUCUAUCACUUGACUCUGAAGUGCGUCAGGAACACUUAUUCUUCACACUUCCUGUGUCACAAAAACAUUUAAUUAAAUGAAAUAAUAUUAAUUUAUCCAGCACAUGUAAACCUGGAAAUUCUUGCGCAAAGUCACUCUGGCAGGCUAAGCAAGAAUGCAGUUUUAGGUCACAAUGUUUGACAGUAAAUAUGCACUGUGCUUGUGUAAAAGACAUCCUCACUCUUCAGCUUCUCACAUAGUAGUGCAAGCCAUGAACAAUUCUGACACAUUACAACUUGUGUGGGGUUAUGUAUAAGUAAUGCUACAGACAGCAGGGUUUAGCGCUCUUUCAAGCCAUUUAUAAUUGCUUUUGUAAUAGACUACAUGGUUUUUUCCAUCACUCUGUACAUUUUGGCAGCUCAGGCACACCUUCAAUUAGAUACAUGGAUGCCAUUUGUGCCAUUUACCACAACUUUCAUUCCAGUGGUGUUAUUGGACUAAAUAUUUAGUGAUGUACAAGAAUCCAAACGUUACUAUCCAGGUCUUCAAGAAAACUUUCAGGCAUUUUGAAGGUUAUGAACACACAAUAUUUUUGGUAUACAUAUAAAAAACAACCUAAUUUAGGAAGCUGUUGAAUAAAUUAACACAUUCAAUAGAAAUUAUUUAAUUCAAGCCCAGUGCAUAAUUUUAAUAUAUACAUUAAUGUAACUAGUGUGUGUCAUGAAGUAAAUCUCAACUAGAUUCCAAAAUUACCGAUGACAGAAUCUUUUGUGACCUGGUUGUACCGGUGCCUGUAUUGUUGAUGUAUUUUGAAUUUGUAUCCAGACAAAGCAAUUGGUUUCAAAGCUUUUAUUGGACAUAAAAGGAUUCUGAAAGUCCUUUAGAACUCUUGUACUGAUCUUCUAGUGUGUGACUCAGUCAUGACCAACAGUAUGACAAUCAUAUGAUUAUAGAAACAGGUGCGGUAGGACAGGCUAGUCUUGAUAAUUUAACAGAGAAAACAAAUGCAUUAUUGCAAAGGCCACACCUUCAUAAGGGGCAGUGUGUUAUGUUAACAGAAUGUGUAUCUUCUGAGUAUGAUUAUGGAGACAGCCUGAGAGUUGAUUCACAUGAGGAUGAUGAAAAUAACAUAUUCAUAGCAUCAUAAUAUAUGUGUUUAAAGUAAAAUAAGAUAAGAAAUGUGAAAAACUUAAUGCCAUAUGUUGGAGAACCUAUAUUUUGUGUCCUGCAACAGAAUGUCCCAGCUUAACUACAAGCUCUUGGGGUCAUUUUGAACCAAAAAUUUCAAAUAAACAUGGGUCCGAUCUGCAACGAUUUGUCAAAAAAAUGGGAAUAAGCAUUUUAUUGCAUUUGCAACUUUUACGUUACUUCCUUUUAAUUUUAGGUUAAAUUAUCGUUAUUAUUUAGACCACACUAAAUUCCAUUUUAAAUUACGUUAUUAAGUGACUCAAAAUGGACACCUUGAUUGUCGAUGCACAGUUGAGCCCUUCGUGUAAUUGAAAUAAUAGCCCUCUUCACAGUCAUGAUCAUUUUUGACGUUAGCACCGGAUUUCAUUAUUCGAUUCAGCAGCUCAGGCCUAUUGUUUGAUUUGAUGGCAUACACCAAGGAUUUCAUGUGACCCAGAGAAAGUAGUCCAGAGGCGAAAGAUCUGGUGACCUCGCUUGCUAAACAACUGGACCACCUCAGCCAAACGGUCUGGAAACUGUUGAUUAAGAGAUGCAGUCACCUGCCUACCAAAUUGAGGAUGUGCGCCAUCUCUUAACUGGUUAGCAGACGAGCAUCUUCCAAUAUCAAUAGGUGCUCUAAGUAGCACUGAGAUGUCACGCAGUCUACAAGCACUGACUGCCCUGUGUGUCGUGUACGUGCGCCAUAUGCACAGAUCAGCAGAUUAAUCAACUAAUUUCUCAAAGGCACGCAAUGCAUAUUGAGUGCGGAGUAUUUUCAUGACAAAUCUUUGUAGUUUGGACCCACGUUUAUUUGAACUUUUUUUGACUCAAAAUGAUCCCAAAAGCACGAAGUUAAGCACUGAAAAUUCUGUUGCAGGACAUCCCGUAUACUCUGUAUUUCAAAUGGGGAGGAAACAUUCAAUCAACCAGUUUUGCUGUUUAAUAUUGAUAAAGGUAACAAACAGUUCAUCCAUCUUUGAUGUUAACAGAUUCUUUGCCAUGGUAACAAGGUAGAAAUGCAUUACAAAUAAGGCAAUAAUCUGUAAAUAUUACCUUUUGGAGUCUUCAAAUUUAUAACAACAGGAGUGAGCACUUUCUUUUUCCUGUUAAACAUUAUCAUCAUGACUUACUCAUUAUCUAGCAUGCUACUAAACACUAGAGUUAAAGUCUAAUUAUUAGCAUCUUAGUGUGGGGGUUUAAAUCCCCUGUUCCAGGAUGGUAAAAUUUAAUAAUGUUACCUUUUGGUUUUAUGAUUUGCAUAUAAGCAGUCUGCACUGAUUACAAGAAAACAAUGUGUAUGAAUUUGAAAAUAUAAUCUAAAACCUUAUGAGAUUUUUUGCCAAGCACUUGCAAAAGUAGAUUUUAUUUUCUAAAUAAAAGUGUUUCAUUUGUGUUGAA